UCUCUUCAUUUUCUCGCCAAAUAAACAACGAAACUCUCAUUUUCUCAUCUCUCUCUCGCUCUCGCUCGCUCGCUCGCUCGCUCUGUGCACGGACAGAAGCGAGAGGGCAGAGGAGGAGGCGAGGGAGGAGGAGGAGAAGCCCGGACGACGUCGCAUUAAGCCGUGCACCGAGCCGUGACGCCUCUGGGAGCUCACCAUGUCGACGGAGUACCAAGCUUCGGCUCCUCCAUUCGCGAGAAAGCUCGUGAGCGGGCGGAGCUUCAGCGGGACGAGCAUCUACGACGGGGUCUUCGCCGGCCCGGGAAAAUACGGAGUCUCCGGCGUCUCUUCCCGGGCGGAGAACUACGCUGAGAUCUUCGGAGGCUCCAGGGACGCGCGCCGCUCUUCGAUCCCCGUGCUCGACUUCCCCGGCCUCCACGAGAGGAAGGUCUCGGUGGAUGUUCGGAGCUCGAAGCUCGAUUACUCCAAAAUAUUCGGCGGUUUCGGCGAUUUCGGUGAUACGGCGUCUUACGAGGAACUGGUGAAUAAGCGCACCGAGAGCAGGAGUUUCGCGAGGACACAAGAUAGCAUGAGGUCCUCUUCAAAAUUGUCUUCCAGUAGCUUGAAUGAGACUCAGGUGUCGUGUCAUGAAGCAUCAUACCAUUCACGUGAUAGGGAGAAGAAGUUCAAUGUCUCCUACAGCAAAGUAAAUUUGGAAACCAAUGGCGAAACAAAUAAGAGAGUGCACAUUGCCCAGCUUGGAGAUGUACCAGGAUAUGCCCAUGUAAUUGAAGAAACUGCUCCCUUGGAACAGUCAAAAGGCAAUAAGCCACAGUCUGUGGUUGUGAAUGGUUAUGCUAGUGGAGAUGCUGGUGAUGGAAUGGUGAAUGCCAACAAUUGCGAGAAAGCCAUGUCAGGAGUCUCGGCUACCGGUUCUGACAAACCUUCUACAAAAGAAGGGAUCUCCAUUCAGAAAUCUGAUCGAAAUAGAUCGUUUACAACUGAUCUGUUUUUUGGCACAUAUGAAUAUGGGCUUAGAAAAGAACCUUUUGGAUCUCAAACUCCGAUUGACGUCCCAUCUAACUCAAAAAUAUUUGGGGUUUCUCCAAGCAAUGCUUUUGAAGAUGUUGCUGGUGUUUAUUCGCCACCUGACUUUGAUGACAAUGUGGAUGCAAAUUCAGUUGCUGCUGCCUCUGCAGCUGCAGUGAAGAAAGCAAUUGAGAAGGCUCAAGCAAAAAUUAAAGUUGCAAGGGAACUAAUGGAAAGACGGAAGGAAGGUCUUCAAGGCCACGUAAACUUUAAGGAAAAGAUCGGGGCCGAAGACAAGAGGGCACGGAAAAUGGCUAAGAAAGCUAACAGAUGCAGUGAGAAGGAACCUCAGAAAAUAGGUGAAACUGAUAAUCGUGCACAGUUGGCUGCAAGGGCUAGAGGGGCCAAUAAUGAAAACCUGGGCUUUGUAAAUGUAGAAUCUGGUGACAAGGAGAACGUUUCCAGUUCAAAAACAUUCUCUGGAAGCAUACUUCAGCAGGCAAACAAAGAAAUUCAUGCAGAUUUGAGGCUAGGAAAGGUAGGGGAAGAAGCAGAAAAUUCUUAUGAAGCUGCUCAAACAAAGCAAAAUGGAUCAGUGCCAAUAGAGCAGCAGAAGGAAGGGAUAGGAGUGAAUGAUAUGAUGCCAUCUUGUGAUGAGUGUUCAAGUGAAACCCUUGCGAAGAUAGAUUUUGAGCGUUCAACUGUUGAAGAGGCUCUUGAUGAGGAGAAAAUUGAUGAGAAACUGCUUGGCGUAACAGGGGCACAAGAAGGUGACAAGCAAGAAGUCAAGGUCCAAUCUGCUCAAGGAUUGACUCAUCCAGAAGAGAGUGAAAUUAAGGUAGAAGUAGCACUGGAGCAAGAAGGCAAUCUGUGGAAGUUCAUGAAAUUUUUUAAUCCUUGGCAAAGUCAGGGUAAACCAAAGGAAUUGAACAAAUCUGAGUUUGAUCAAAGGCUUGAAGCUCAGGAUUUGGACAAAAAUAAUUUACGGAGUCUUGGGGAGGAGUGUGAUUGGGAAGGGAAUAAGAUGAAACAAAUAGAAGCUCACAAGAGAGAACUGACUAGUGCACAUAAUCAUGAAUUUGAUGGUGAGAUGAGCAAUUUCACAUGGAAAGAGAUGAGUAGCCAAGAAGUAGAUGAGGCACUGCGUGAUUCAUGUGAGAGGUUGGUAGUUUUGAGAGAGCGAGAGGAGACUUGCAACCCUAAAGAAAAUGAUGAUGAGCAUGACAACUUUGGCAUGGAGCCAGAUAGUGAAGAAAGGCUGGAGACACUCCAUCAGCAGGAAAGGUUGAAGGAGAGACCUAAUGAUUUAGUCGAAUCCAAGAAAGACAAAGGACUCGAAGAAGAAAAAGAAGCGGGAGAUAUUCAUGAGAUUGCACGAGCAAACGUGAAUGAAGAGAUACACGAGGAUACUAAACAGAUGAAUGCUAAUGCUGGACAGCAAGAAGCUUUUAAUAGCACAGAGACUAAUAGAAUCGAGGAAAUCACUGGAAUGGGAGUUGAAGAUGAAGUAGAAGAAAGUCAUGAAAUUCAGAAUAGCGAUGAUAAUGCAAUUUGUACAUGUGAGAGGGAGGCAUGUGAGGAGUUUACUGGGACUCCAGAAGGUGAUGAACCCAAUGAGUCCGAUGAAAAUAUUGAUGUACUAAUGGAUGAAAUGGAAAAUGAAAGGGAUGAAAAGAUGGUGGAAAUGAACUCUUCUGUUCGAGGGGAAGAAAAUGACUGCAGCUUAGGAGCCUCUGCAAAUGAUUAUGACUUGGAGAAGAGAUGUAAAGUUGAAACAAGUGAUAUAACCUGCUUCAUGUUGAAAGCCGAUGAAAUCAAUGAGGAGGUAGGUGAAGGUGAAGCCACUGCUGCCCUUGAAUUUACGGAGAAUUAUGUGAACUUGAGCGAUGCAGGAAUGAGUAGUGGAGGGAAACAAAAUGGACAAGCCAUACCAGAAUUCAAUGCGAUUCCAAAUUUGGAAGUGCCUGUGCAAGGAUUGGCUCCUGAAUUCAACAACUACAGUAAUGAUCUGCAUGAGGCUGAAAAAUCCAUGAACUGGAAAGAAGAGUCUGAAUUCUCUAAAUCCGAAGAAGUGAAUAGUGAUGCGGGAUCUUCUGAUAAAGGUGGAAGUUUUGAUGGUGAAAUGACUAUGCAACCUGAGCAGAUUAAUGGUACCAUCGAACGGAAAGAGAGAACUCAGGAAGCACAUCAAAGUAUUGAAACUUGUCAAAAUACAGAAAAAAUAGAGGAGAAUCAUUACACAACCCUGACAAUGGAAGAGGGGAUAUCUGAAGAUUGUCAACAAAAGGAAAUAGGGCUGGACAAAGAAUUCCUUAAGAAAAUAGAUGAAGCAAAAGAGAGGGAAAGGGCACGCGAAAAGGAAAGAUUAGCAGUUGAAAGAGCAAUCCGUGAAGCGCGUGAAAGGGCUUAUGCUGAAGCGCGGGAAAGGGCAGAAAGGGCUGCUGUGGGAAAAGCAACCAUUGAAGCCCGACAGCGAGUAAUAGAGCAAGCUCGGGAGAAGAUAGGGAAGGCUUCUAAAGAGACAAAUACUAAAUUAACUGAGAAGAAUUCUAUAGAGGCCAGACUUAAAGCUGAACGUGCUGCAGUAGAAAGAGCAACUGCAGAAGCACGGGAGCGUGCCCUUGAAAAGGCAUUGGCUGAAAAGUUGUCUGGUGCUGGCAAAGAUCACAAACUUGGACAGACAUCAUCACAUGAUCCACGACAUAGAGGCUCAUGCCCUUCCGGUGAUUCAAGACAUCCCAAGUCUUCAGAUACUAAUGCUACGGGCUCAGGUGAGAAAUCUGAUGGGACAAACAGCGAAUCAGCUCAGAGGCGUAAAGCUAGAUUGGAGAGGCAUCAAAGAACAGCAGAACGUGCGGCAAAGGCUCUUGCAGAGAAGAACAAGCAUGAUCUUCUUGCUCAGAGAGAGCAUGCAGAGAGAAAUAGGUUAGCGGAAUCUCUUGAUGCUGAUAUUAAAAGGUGGUCAAGUGGGAAGCAAGGAAACUUGCGUGCUCUGCUGUCAACGCUACAAUAUGUACAGAUAUUAGGGCCUGAUAGCAGUUGGCAGCCUGUUUCCUUGACAGAAAUUGUAACUGCGGCUGCUGUAAAGAAAGCAUACCGGAAAGCCACCCUUUGUGUCCAUCCAGACAAACUGCAGCAACGUGGUGCUAGCUUGCAGCAGAAGUACGUCUGCGAAAAAGUUUUUGAUCUCUUAAAGGAAGCGUGGAACAAGUUCAGCAGUGCCGAAGAAAGAUGAGAUUUAUUUGAAAAAUGCUCUUCCCAGUAUUUUUUCCUCUCUUGUGAACAAACUAACCUGUAAUUUAUGCUCUGAAAUAAUUAUGAGUAGAAAAUUUCUGAGCAAUUCUUUU